AACGGUUGUCAUGGAGGCAGCCGGUCUUGCUCUGGCCAUUCUCCCGCUUCUAGUCAACCAACUCGACAAUUACGUCCAGGGUCUUCAAACAGUCAAGGGAUUCCGGGCAAAGCGCUACCGUCAACAGCUGGAUAGCUAUUUCUCGAACAUUGGGACACAACAUGUCAUAUUCUCGAACACACUGGAACGAGCCCUUGAUGGGGUAGUUGAUUACCAGGACGGCAUUGAUGAAUUGAUUAACAAUCCCUCGGGAGAGGCGUGGAAGAAACCCGAGCUAGUGAAAAAGAUGGAGGAAAAACUUGAGCGCAACUAUUUUCCAUUCAAGAAAACAAUGACGGAGCUUGCUGCCCUGUUGCAAGACUUAAGCAGAAGACUGAAGUUUGAAAACAUAUCGUCGGCAGAGAAGGCCUGGGAAGAUGCAUCCACCCUGGAACGCGAAGUGAGGAAAUUCCGCGAUAUAUUCUCGAAGAGUAUAUACGCCGACAUUCUAGACCGAAUCAGUGUUGCCAACGCCAUUCUCGACACAUUGGUCAAGCAGUCCGAGUAUCUGAAUCAGCCGCAGAGACGAAGGAUUUCUAAGCGCCAUCUUCUUCGUUAUAGAAAGGUUCGGAAGUCCGCAGGCAGCUUGCACUACACCCUCAUUCGAGGCAAAUGCUGGAAGUGCCCAUGCAAAGCCAGCCAUCAAGUUCAUUUGAUCUUGCGUCACCCUGAUAUGGAGCUCGCCGAUGCAUCGACUGAGGGACAUUCUGCAAACCCACGCUUCAAUCUGGUGUUAAUGUCUGCAUCCGAUGCGGGACCCAGAAGCUCCCUUAGCAAGAGCUAUAGACUUGAAGCGGAAUCGGAAAUCAUUCAUUCGAGUCUCGGGGUGCGCGAUGUAUGUUUGGGCGGCCACGUAGGCAACAGGACUCCCGACAUCGCCCCCAACAGACACAAGAAGGCAGUGCAAUUCUCUCUGCCCACUGGUAACUCCAGUUCCUUAGCAUGUCUGAAGGUCCAACCACCUCCAAUUUUUGAUAUCUGUGCCACUCUGUCGGCUAUGACCACCGAGGAAAAGGGCCAGAGGGCUCUUGGGUGGCUAUACGACGAGAGCCAUAGACAUAACAUAACUGUUCUUCAAACCGGCCUCGCAUAUUCCAAACCACAGUCACUUCAAGACCUUGUCACGGCUUCUGCUCGCUUCUUGAAAGGCCAACCAGAUGAAGGAUUUCUCUUCAGUCAGCUUGAUCGGCUUCGCGUGGCUGUGAUUCUUUCAUGCAGCGUUUUCCAAUUUCAUGGAAGCUGGCUGAGACAUGAUUGGAGAUCCCGGGACAUCAUGUUCUGCCCGCAAGACAGAGAUGCAACCGGAUACUUCUAUAUCUCGUGCAAUAUAGAAGACAACACAGAUGGCCUCAACAUGUUCGAUUGCCAGAAUGCUCCCACCCUCAUCCGGAACCUGGUCCUGUUUCCUCUGGGACUUGUUCUCGUGGAGCUAUCCUUGUGUCAGAAUCUGGAGUCCAUGCGCGAACACGAUGAUACUGAUCAUAAUCAAGCACAUGCCAACCUUAAGACUGCAACCCGUCUUCUGCCUCAGGUGGAGCAGCGAAGUGGCCCGGAGUAUGCGGAGGUUGUUGACCGGUGCCUUUCUUGGCACGAUAGAAAGGAAACCAGUCUUGACAGCGAGAAAUUGCAGGAAGAGGUGUUUCAGCUGAUCAUUUCGCCGCUGGUCAAGAAUCUCAAGAGUUUUGAGGAAUACCUUGAAGUUGAUGAAGUCUAA